AUGAAACGGCAGAGUCCUCAUCUGUGCCAUUAUCCAAGCUUGGUUCUGGGGCUCAGCCAGUUUUGUCCUGGCGUUGGUACAGUUUUGCCUAGUAAACUAGAAGGAGAGAAAAGGAGCAGGGACCCCGGGCACGCAUUUUGCUGGAAGUAUGUUGGCCCACCGAGGUGCACUGAGAAUCUACACCGACAAGGUCCAGAAGACUUCAGCGUCCCGGGACGCCCCACUCACAAGUUAAGUCUCAAGGACCGCGCUGCCCUCCACACACCUUUCGCCUCUUCCUUUGUUCCUCGGGGGGCCCUCUCUGUCCAUCCCCACCUCCAGGUAGCCGCUUGCUUUCGGUCAUCGCCGCCCAGUUCUUCCUCCCCGCUCGCUUUCCGCUCCUCCUCUGAUCCUCGGGAUCCCCGAUCCCUCCUCCUAGGCCUGGUCCCUCCUCCUCCCGCCCAGCCUCCCCACGCCCUAGCCGGCGCAAAGCUAGACGUCUGGGCAGCUUCGCGCAGCCUCCGCCUCCCGCACCGUGUGCGCGACUGUGGUCAGGGCGGCCGCAGAGAGUCGGGGCCGCCGCCGCCGUCGCCUCCUCGAUCGGACGAUCGGCCACCUCCGAGGACGGCUGGCGCGGUCACAGCCACAGCCCACCGUCGCCUGACUAAUCCCGGAUUAAUGAAGGGGAGCGGAACCGGUUUCUCCAGGGCAGCGAUGAGACCCUCCAGGACGGCGGGCGCCGCGCUGCUGGUGCUCCUGGCGGCUCACGUCCAGGCGAGUUGGGCGCUGGAGGAGAAGAAAGUUUGCCAAGGCACAAGCAACAGGCUCACCCAGCUAGGCACUUUUGAAGACCACUUUCUGAGCUUGCAAAGGAUGUUCAAUAACUGUGAAGUGAUUCUUGGGAAUUUGGAAAUUACCUACGUGCAAAGGAAUUAUGAUCUUUCCUUCUUAAAGACCAUCCAGGAGGUUGCUGGCUAUGUCCUCAUUGCACUGAACACGGUGGAGAGGAUUCCCCUGGAGAACUUGCAGAUCAUCAGAGGAAAUGCACUCUACGAGAACACCUAUGCCCUGGCAGUCCUGUCUAACUAUGGGGCAAAUAAAACGGGGCUGAGGGAGCUGCCCAUGAGGAACUUACAGGAAAUCCUGAUUGGUGCUGUGCGAUUCAGCAACAACCCAGACCUCUGCAAUGUAGACACCAUCCAAUGGCGGGACAUCGUCAACUAUGAGUUUCUGAAAAACAUGUCAAUGGACUUGCAGAACCACUUGAGCAGCUGCCAAAAAUGUGAUCCAAGUUGUCCCAAUGGAAGCUGUUGGGGUGCAGGAGAAGAAAAUUGCCAGAAACUCUCCAAAAUCAUCUGUGCCCAGCAGUGUUCACGGCGUUGUCGUGGGAAGUCCCCUAGUGACUGCUGUCAUAACCAAUGUGCUGCUGGCUGCACUGGGCCUAGGGAGAGCGACUGUCUGGUCUGCCACAAGUUUCGAGAUGAGGCCACGUGCAAGGACACCUGCCCACCACUCAUGCUCUACAACCCCACAACCUACCAGAUGGAUGUCAACCCUGAAGGGAAGUACAGCUUUGGUGCCACUUGUGUGAAGAAAUGCCCUCGGAACUAUGUGGUGACAGAUCAUGGCUCAUGUGUCCGGGCCUGUGGUCCUGAUAACUAUGAAGUAGAAGAAGAUGGCGUUCGCAAGUGUAAAAAGUGUGAAGGGCCCUGUCGCAAAGUUUGUAAUGGAAUAGGAAUUGGUGAAUUUAAAGACACACUCUCUAUAAAUGCAACAAAUAUCAAACACUUCAAAAACUGUACUGCCAUCAGUGGAGACCUCCAUAUCCUGCCAGUAGCCUUUAGAGGUGACAACUUCACCCACACUCCUCCUCUAGACCCAAAGGAACUGGAUAUUCUAAAAACUGUGAAGGAAAUAACAGGGUUUUUGCUCAUUCAGGCUUGGCCUGAAAACAGAACUGACCUCCAUGCUUUUGAGAACCUAGAAAUCAUACGUGGCAGGACAAAGCAACACGGUCAGUUUUCUCUUGCGGUUGUCGGCCUGAACAUAACGUCUUUGGGACUGCGCUCCCUCAAGGAGAUAAGUGACGGAGAUGUGAUCAUUUCAGGAAACCGAAAUUUGUGUUAUGCUUAUACAAUAAACUGGAAAAAACUACUUGGGACUUCGGGACAGAAAAUCAAAAUUACAAGCAACAGAAGUGAAAAAGACUGCAAGGCCACAGACCGUGUCUGUCAUCCCUUAUGUUCCUCUGAUGGCUGCUGGGGCCCAGAAGCCAGAGAUUGUGUCUCCUGCCAAAAUGUCAGCCGUGGAAGAGAGUGUGUGGAUAAAUGCAACAUUUUUGAGGGGGAGCCAAGGGAGUUUGUGGAGAACUCUGAAUGUAUCCAGUGCCAUCCAGAAUGUCUGCCCCAGCCCAUGAAUAUCACCUGCACAGGCCGGGGACCAGACAACUGCAUACAGUGUGCCCACUACAUAGAUGGCCCCCACUGUGUCAAGACCUGCCCAGCUGGGAUCAUGGGGGAGAACAGCACCCUGGUGUGGAAGUAUGCAGACUCUAGCCGCAUCUGCCACCUCUGCCAUGUGAACUGUACCUAUGGAUGUGCUGGGCCAGGUCUUGAAGGCUGUGCAAUAAAUGGGCCCAAGAUCCCGUCCAUCGCCAUUGGGAUCGUGAGCGGCCUCUUCUUGAUGGUGGUGAUCGCCCUGGGCAUCGGGCUCUUCGUGCGCCGGCGCCGCAUCGUCAGGAAGCGCACGCUACGCCGGCUCCUGCAGGAGAGGGAGCUCGUGGAACCCCUCACACCCAGUGGAGAAGCUCCCAACCAAGCCCUCCUGAGGAUCUUGAAGGAAACAGAAUUCAGAAAGACCAAAGUGCUGGGCUCUGGAGCAUUUGGCACUGUGUACAAGGGACUCUGGAUUCCAGAAGGAGAGAAAGUUAAGAUUCCUGUGGCCAUCAAGGAACUCAGAGAAGCAACAUCUCCCAAAGCCAACAAGGAAAUCCUUGAUGAAGCCUAUGUGAUGGCCAGCGUGGACAACCCCCAUGUGUGCCGCCUCCUGGGCAUCUGUUUGACAUCCACCGUCCAGCUUAUCACACAGCUCAUGCCUUUUGGCUGCCUCCUGGACUACGUCCGAGAGCACAAGGACAACAUUGGCUCACAGUACCUUCUCAACUGGUGUGUGCAGAUUGCAAAGGGUAUGAACUAUCUAGAAGACCGGCGCUUGGUACAUCGUGAUCUGGCAGCCAGGAAUGUCCUGGUGAAGACACCACAGCAUGUCAAGAUCACAGAUUUUGGGCUGGCCAAACUUCUUGGUGCUGAUGAGAAAGAAUACCAUGCAGAAGGAGGCAAAGUGCCUAUCAAAUGGAUGGCUUUGGAAUCAAUUUUACACCGGAUUUAUACCCACCAAAGUGAUGUCUGGAGCUAUGGUGUCACGGUUUGGGAGCUGAUGACCUUUGGAUCCAAGCCUUAUGAUGGAAUUCCUGCAAGUGAAAUCUCAUCCAUCCUGGAGAAAGGAGAGCGCCUUCCACAGCCACCCAUCUGCACUAUUGACGUCUACAUGAUCAUGGUCAAGUGCUGGAUGAUAGAUGCAGACAGCCGCCCCAAGUUCCGUGAGCUGAUUCUCGAAUUCUCCAAAAUGGCCCGAGACCCUCAACGCUACCUUGUCAUUCAGGGGGAUGAGAGAAUGCACCUGCCAAGCCCUACAGACUCCAAUUUUUAUCGUGCCUUGAUGGAUGAAGAGGACAUGGAAGAUGUUGUUGAUGCCGAUGAGUACCUCAUCCCCCAGCAGGGCUUCUUCAACAGCCCAUCUACGUCUCGGACUCCUCUUCUAAGUUCUCUGAGUGCAACCAGCAAUAACUCCACAGUUGCUUGCAUUAAUAGAAAUGGGCAGAGCUGUGCUGUCAAAGAAGACAGCUUCUUGCAACGGUACAGCUCAGACCCCACUGGUGCCUUGACAGAGGACAACAUAGAUGACAUUUUCCUCCCUGUACCUGAAUACAUAAACCAAUCUGUUCCCAGAAGGCCAGCAGGCUCGGUACAGAACCCUGUCUAUCACAACCAGCCACUUCAUCCAGCUGCUGGCAGAGACCCACACUACCAAAAUCCCCAUAGCAAUGCUGUGGGCAACCCUGAGUAUCUAAACACCACUCAGUCUACCUGUGUCAACAGUGCAUUUGACGACCCUGCCCACUGGGUCCAGAAGGGCAAUCACCAAAUUAGCCUGGACAACCCUGACUACCAGCAGGACUUCUUUCCUAAGGACUCCAAGCCAAAUGGUAUCUUUAAGGGUCCCACAGCUGAAAAUGCAGAAUACUUACGGGUAGCACCACCCAGCAGUGAGUUUAUCGGAGCAUGACCAUGGAGGGUAGUAGCAUCAGCCAUAAAAAUUCCAGACUCUUCAGAGACCCAGGACCAAGCCAUGGCAGCUAAUCUACUCUUGAUAGACAUGCCCAUCUUAACUCUCACACCCAGGGACUGGUUUUACCAUAUUAACUCUGAGAAGCCUUUCUUUUAGCCUGGAAGUACUCCUUCCCUUUGGGAAGUUGCAGGUACAUUCCUUGGUCUUCAAACUGUGAAGCUCCCACAAAAGAAAGCAUCUAGUGAGAUGUUCAUUUGAGCAGAGUUUAUGGUGAGAUAAAUAUAUAGAUCCUGCUUGGAAAUAGUUGGGAUGGUUAAUUGCCAUUGUGGAUAUUGGUUUAAUGGGUUCUUCCAAGGCAGAAGAAGCUUGCUUGAAGUACUUGCUUUACCAAGUUAUUCCAGACCCAAUUGUAACCAAGGAACAUGGUCUCCAAGUCUUCUUGAAUCCAGCAGCUCUGCUUCAAGACUCUCCUCUGAAAGACAAGCUAAAUGUACAAGAAGUCCUGUAUAUUCUAAGCAGUCCUCAUUGGUACUAUAUAAAAUCAUAGCAGGUACUAUAUAUAGGAUAAGCUACUUUGUUCCUUCCUGGGCAAAGAAGAAAGGAAAGAAUUCUCUCUCAGACGGUUUUUUAUAUAAAUGUGUCCAUGGUACUUAUUGCCCAUUAGUUCACCAGUGUUUUCUAAUUGCGAGUGUUAGCUUUAUUUGUUUCUUUUCCAUUCCAUUGUCUUGAAGCUUAGCAUACUUUCUCCUAUGUUGAGGUCAUGGAGAAGAUGGUACAUCAAGAAUAAUUCGGAUUCUGUGUUUUAUCCCCUCAGUGUUCAGACCAGUCACCUUUAAUUAAGACUGAUUCACACAAUAACCUGGAUCCAAAUUUUAGUCUUGGCUGAACUGUGUCAAAUCCUUUGAGGGCAUAUAUCACGAGACCUGAAAAAUGAAGCUGCUCUUAAUGCCUAUUUUGCCUUUACCUAUCUACACUCCAAAAUUAGUUUGGACCACUCAUGGAAAUUAAUCUUCCUUUCAUGUCACUUUAAUAUGUUUUAUUGUAAGGGCAUGUAUUUCUCCCUGGUAAACUACCCCAAAGCCUCUCCUUGUCACUAUGCAAUAGCUUAUAGUUCACGGUAGGUCUUUUCUCCAGGUGCCAAGAUAACAUUAUGGAUAGAAAGGCACUCAAGUGGAAAGUCAAUUUUGAGGUUGAUAUACAGUGUUUUCAUAACCUCUAUAGAUAUUUCAGGGAAGAUUUUUAUCCUAACACAAUUUCUCUACAAUUGGAGGAUCUAGCUAGUUGCUUAUCCUUGUAAUUCAUUGGUUACAUACUCUUAGUCUAUAUACAUUAUCAAGGAAUAAAUUACUGAUUCUGAGAGUCUCCCUGGGUAGACAGGGGAGAUCUCCAAGAAGGUGACAUUGCCAUUAGACCUUUAAAAUAGCCAGAGACUCAGCAACAGGGAAAUGGAAAGUAUGUUCCUAGCAGAAACCAUGACAAGGAAAGCAACUGCCAGAGGAAUCCAUUCGCAUCAGUCAUUCUAACACUGAUCCUUUUGGCCUGGGAACUAGGCUGGUAGCAUCCUCCAACUCCCUAAAUGUUACCUCCCUCCUGGGAAUUUUGGCCUCUCAUCUAUUAAAAAACUGAUUAGUGAGAAAAUUAAAUAAUAUUUUUUAGAAUCUGAUGUUUCCUGGCCUUGUCAGCAAACCAUUUCUAUUAUCUCUUCACCUCAGAACAUAAAAGAAAAAGGUUAGCCAGAUGUGUCUUCAAAACUAGGAGAUAGAAUGAGUAACAGUCUGCUAUUGCAAGAAGCAGAUGAUUGGUGAGGGAGAAUAGAUGUAAGUCAAAAUAAAGCAACAAAAUCCUAGUAUUUUUGUACUUUGAAGUGCUUUCUUCUAACAUAAUAAAAUGGCAAAAUCUAUUCAAGCUUGCUUUUCUUCUCCGGUGUAUUUCCAUUCUCCUGCAUAAAAUUUAGUUGCUAUUAAUCUUAACAUUGUGUUCCCCAUAAUGUUCUCCUUCUGUCUGUGCAGGGAGAAUGGGGUCUGUGGGAGCCGCAAGGCCUGGGUCCCCAGGAGAAGAGCAGCACAGGGUCCCUGAUUUCCAUAUCACAGCCCAGCCUAGUCCAGUAUCUAAGCCUGCACAAUGUCCUCUCCAUGUUUCUUCAUCAAUAACUAGUCCUUCAAACUUUCCAGACUAUGUAUCUGCUAGCUUCCUCAGCCAGUUCCUGGAAGACCACUGGUCAAGGGCCCCACUUCAUAUCUAGCCUUUGAAAAUAGUUCAAGGUAAAGUAAGCCAGAAUCUACCAUUUCUAGUGAGCCACAAUCCAUACUGUGUUCUCUCAUAUCAUCUGUAAGGAGUCCUUAUCAGUCAUUGUACCCUAUGAAAAUUGCUUAUCACCUCAUGAUAGAAAAAGAUGAAAUCAUUAAACUCUACACCUUUGCCAUGAGUUCAGGUUGCCACUGCUUUUCUGAGUAAGAACUCUGUGGAGGCACCAUAUUGGUAUGAUAACUGAUGAUAACAAUGUUUAGGUAUCUGCUCAGGGUUUUUAAUUUUGUGGGGGUUU